GUCUCGUUACCGAAGGGGCGGUGCGUUCUUCUACAGAGGCGCACGUUUGGGCGGGCCUCCUUCCUUCUCGCCGAACGCCGCCAACAUGGUGUUCAGGCGCUUUGUGGAGGUUGGCCGGGUGGCCUACGUCUCCUUUGGACCUCAUGCCGGAAAAUUGGUCGCAAUUGUAGAUGUUAUUGAUCAGAACAGGGCUUUGGUCGAUGGACCUUGCACUCAAGUGAGGAGACAGGCCAUGCCUUUCAAGUGCAUGCAGCUCACUGAUUUCAUCCUCAAGUUUCCACACAGUGCCCGCCAGAAGUAUGUCCGACAAGCCUGGCAGAAGGCAGACAUCAAUACAAAAUGGGCAGCCACACGAUGGGCCAAGAAGAUUGAAGCCAGAGAACGGAAAGCCAAGAUGACAGAUUUUGAUCGUUUUAAAGUUAUGAAGGCAAAGAAAAUGAGGAACAGAAUAAUCAAGAAUGAAGUUAAGAAGCUUCAAAAGGCAGCUCUCCUGAAAGCUUCUCCCAAAAAAGCACCUGGUACUAAGGGUACUGCUGCUGCUGCUAAAGUUCCAGCAAAAAAGAUGACCACCGCGACUAAAAAGGCUCCAGCCCAGAAGAUUCCUGCCCAGAAAGCCACAGGCCAGAAGGCUGCGCCUGCUCCAAAAGCUCAGAAGGGUCAAAAAGCUCCAGCCCAGAAAGCACCUGCUCCAAAGGCAUCUGGCAAGAAAGCAUAAGUGGCAGUCAAAAGAAGUAAUAAAGGUUCUUUUUGACAUGUUGGCAAAUGUAUUUAAGCCUUUGGAUUUAAAGCCUGUUGAGGCUGGAGUUAGGAGGCAGAUUGAUAGUAGGAUUAUAAUAAACAUUAAAUAAUCAGU